GAGAGCAGACAUACAUAUACGUACGACACCACGCGCGCAUGGGACAAGCCAGCAGACGUGACGAGCCUCGAAAGCGCCGCGCUCCACGCUCCAGUCUCCGACAUGCCUUCGUCGACGCUCGGGAUCGCGCCGCUGCUGGACGCCUACUUCCGGCGCCGCUUCGCCGCGGCGGGCCUGGUCCAGGCGUCCGUGCCGCUGGACGGCGGCGCCACCAUGAUGCAGUGCUGGCGCUUCCCGCCCGGCGCCAGCGAGGAGCUCCCCGUCCUCGUCCUCCUCCACGGCUUCGGCCCGCCGGCGACGUGGCAGUGGCGGCCCCAGGUGGGCCCGCUGUCGCGCCGGUUCCGCCUCGUCGUGCCUGACCUCCUCUUCUUCGGCGGUUCCCGCACGUCGCCCACGCCGGUCGACGGCGAGUGCUCCGAGGCCCACCAGGCCGAGGCGGUGGCGAAGCUCAUAGGCGCGGUCGUGCCCCCCUCGGCCAGGGUGUCGGUGGUUGGGACCAGCUACGGCGGCUUCGUGGCGUACCACGUGGCGAGGCUGCUGGGGGCCGAGGCCGUGGAGCGGGUGGUGAUCGCGAGCUCCGACCUGCUCAAGGGCGACGCCGACGACCGCGCCCUGCUGGCGCGCGGCGGGGCCGAGCGCGUGGAGGACCUGAUGCUGCCGCGCACCCCCGAGAAGAUGCGGCGGCUCAUGGAGCUCGCCUACCACCGCCCCCGCCGGUUCAUCCCGGGCUUCCUGCUCCGCGACCUCGUUCAGUAUCUCUACAGCGAGAACAUAGAGGAGAAGGAGGGGCUGAUCAAAGCUAUAUCCCUGGGGAACAAAGACAAGUUCCAGCUCACUCCACUCCCCCAGCAAGUUCUUGUGCUGUGGGGAGAGCAUGACCAGAUCUUCCCCAUAGAGAAGGCAUUCCAGGUGACGAGGCAGCUAGGUGCAAAUGUUAGGCUGGAGAUCCUGAAGAACACUGGCCAUAUGCCGCAGGAGGAGGACACAAAGAGGUUCAACGAGGCUCUCCUCAACUUCCUGCUGCCCGCUCCGAGUUCAUCGCUGUAAUACAAUUUCAUUGUCGGUUUUCGGAAAGAUGGUUGAGAAUUCCUAAUUUAAGCUCCAUUUUACCUGUAAGAUAUACUAGUACUUAGUUGCUUAACGCACAUUCGACCAUAUGUACACUUGGGACCUUCAGGGAAUAAACGUUGCACCAAUGGGGAAAAAUAUCUUUGGCUUGUUCUUGAUUAAAUGCCCUGCUUUCUAUA